AUGGACGACCCGCAGGUUAUCCUCGGCACCUCCAGGAGCGAUAUGCUCGCCUGCUUGGAGCGCGACGGCCAGGACCCUGCAACGCUGGACCUCGGCUCAAACAUGAUGCUCCACUUCGUAAGCCCAGUCCUCGAGUUCCUCCUCAUCAUGUGGAGCCAAACCGGAGUGCGCCUCCGCCUCGUCAGCCACAGCCUGUGGUGCCUUCAGCUGGCCUUCACCUACUUGGAGUACAUCGACGUGGUGGAUGCCCCUCUCCUGGAGAGGCUCUUGCAGUGCGAAACUGUUGGCGAGGGGGGGAUGAAGUCCACCAUGGAGCGCUCUGAGAUCAAGAUUGGGCGUGCACCUAAUCUGCGUCUGCCGGGAUAUCUUCUGCCAGGAGAGCAACAGUUGGUGGCUGGGAGCAGGGAGAACAUUGUCCCUACUGUCAAGAUUUUGGGCAUAGAGGUGCAGUUUGGUGUCCGCAAUGUUGUCAAGAAAGUGUCUGCCUUCCUCAGAUGCUUCCCCAACCUGGAUACGCUCCAUGUCCAUUCCCCUCCCAUAUCUGAAGAGUCCACUGGCAAGGUGAAUCUCAAGUUCUGGCAGGAGGGCGGUCCCAUCAAAUGCGUCGUGCAGAGCGUGAAGAAGGUGUUCUUCUACGAGUUCCAGGGGUCGAGAAGCGAGGUUGCUUUCCUCAAGUUCAUCGCGGAGAGAGGGCGGGUGCUGGAGCGGAUGGUGGUUGUGGUGUCCAGCAAGUGUUUCUCCUCGUCCUCGGUGGGUAAUGCGGACGCCAAAUUGAUGCCUCUGAUGAGCGCAAAGUGGAACAACAAAGCAUGCAAACUAGAGCUAUUCAGGAGCGGACGCGAGGACGCUGAAGGUCCAGUUUACUCCCACGAGCUAGCUUCUGAUUUCGAGUUUGCUGACCCUUUUGACCUCGAGGACUACAUGAAGCAGAACGGGUCUCUGCAAGUUAAUUAG